CAAUUAUGUUUUACGACUAUGGCGGCUCGUGCGAAGAGGUUAGCGCGUUACGCCGCUAAUUGCUAUUGAUUUUCGUUGUACUCGAUGACUCUCCCAGGAUCACCAUAAAAAUGUUCAAUUUCCUGAGGACACGCGCCGUCUCGACGCAGAAUGCGCGUAUCAUGUCAACGGGGUCGACCAUCCAAUACCAGAGGCAAUUGUGCUCGUUCUGCAAUUUUCAUCACCUAAGACCACCUCGCGCAAUGAGAUGUACGCCGAUUCGCUAUUACACGACUGAUAUAGUUGAACUACAAACUCCUAAUGAAAAAAAAAUCAAGCGUCGUUCAAAAAAAUAUGCAGAAUUAUUGGAAGUAACAAACCAGACAACCAGCAACAAGAAGGCAGCAGUGCAUAAAUUGAGUUCCGCUCAAGUGUCUGUCUUGGUUGAUCAGCCUAAUAUUACACUAGACAAACUGCAUGAGAUCCCUAAUUUUCGUCUUAAUAAGGAGACAAUUACGACACAAGCAAUAGAUAUCAAUAAAAAAACUAUGCUCAAAAAAAAUUUUCUUGAUGAUAAGUCAAUCGAUGCAAAUGCUGUACUUAAGAAAUCUGAUGAGCAAUUAGAUGACACAUUUGCAGUUAUAGAGGAUUUAAAAGCAUCUGGAAUAAACGAUCAGAUUACAUUGAUUAAGGAUUCUUCCUUCCUGGAUAUGUUGCAGCAAAUUGAUACGAAAGAUGAAAGUCAGGAUGACACAUAUACGCAGAUACCUGAAUAUGAAGACACGGCUUCAAAUUCAUAUGCCAAUAUUCCCUUUACAUAUGAAACAAUUGACUCAGAGAAUUAUUUUUUUGAAGAAAACAUGGUGUCUAAAUUAUUGGCGCAUAUGGACGUAUAUAUACAAAUCAAUAUGCCACAUAAGGCCUUUAAGAUGCUCAGUAUGAAUAAAGAUCAAUUUAAACACAGCAAAGUUUCCACUAUUGCACUCUAUAAUCUGUUAUUAAAAAACCAUGUUACUAAAGUACAAGUGGAAAAGUCAUUCGAACUCUAUAGAAUAAUAAAAGCAGAUUCUGUCAAGCCAAACUCUCAAACGUACGCUCUUAUGUUCGAAAUAAUCGGCAAAAUGAAAAAUAAGGAAAAGAAAAGAGAAAGUGCAACAGAAAUUAUAGCAGAUAUGAACUAUAAUGGCAUCACUUUUAACGAAAUAAUAAACACAUCGCAGAUAAACAAAACGCAAACUGAUACCAUUCUUCAGACUAUCAAAUCAUUGGAUCCGCAAUACCGUGUUUAUUAUAAAGACAUCAACAUGGCGCACAAAUGCAAUUUGCUGAACAAUCUAACAACGAAUAAUAAUUAUCAGAGCCCGGCGAAGGGAGUAGUAACUAUGGAAGAGCUGCGGGAUAUGGUAGAUAGGCAGAUUAGAAUGGAGAAGCAGUGCAAGAUAAAUGUGAAAAAUAUUGUACUGUUUACUGGGAAUCCUGAUGUUAGAGAGCAAGCUGUCAAACGGAUCACGGAAUGGGAGAAGAUCUGGAAAUCAACUGUGACUGAGGCUUUUGAGAGAAAUUUAUCUUAUCUCAAACAGAAAGAAACAAAAUUGAAAAUCGAUUUAAAAAUCUUAUAUCCGUUUCUGCAAGUGCUACCCAAAAAAGAAUACAUUAAUGCGAUCAUGAACGAAAUUGAGUAUUUGACUAAAUUUUCCGAGGGGUACAGUUGUACCAUGACACAACUUUAUCUAAUGCUGGGACUGCAUAUUUAUAAAAAAUAUGAAUUUCAGCGAAAAAUGAAGGAUAAUAUCAUAGAAAAUUCGAUUCAAAUUUAUAAAGAAUAUUUGAAGUGGUACAUGCAGAUGAAUCCCGCUGAUAGAAUCAGCAAUGGGCGUAUUAAAUGGCAACAGCUGGUUCAGGAAGCAAAAAAGGCUGGCAUCUCUUGCGAAAUGACUAUACCGGAGUGGUCUCAAUAUACUAUGAUAAAUGUUGGCAAAUUCUUAUAUAAUAUCAUUGUGAAUGACGUGAAAAUCCCAUAUGCCUCCAGUCCCGACGCACCUGAACGGCUCAUACCUGCGUUUUAUCUGCUAUUCAGAAUCCAUUCUAAUAAAUAUUUAAUGGAGGAAAUUAAACCGCAUCCUCACAUACACAGGCUCUAUAAAGAUUCACACCCAGAGUCGUUACCCUUCAAUACGAUCUCUUUGCCGAUGUAUUCCCCACCGCGUCCUUGGGUCGAUGUAAAUACCGGUGGUUAUCUGUUUUCCAAAGUGAUAUUCGCUCGUGAUCCCUAUAUGAAAUCAUCACGUCUGUUGAAGAACACGCCGACACAACAGCUGUAUCCAGUGCUCGACUCCUUGAAUCAACUCGGUUCAAUUCCUUGGAGGAUCAACGUGCCUAUAUUGGAUCUCUUGAUUCAAAUCUUUCGAGAGGGAGGCUCGGAGAAAUUGAACGUACCUCAACCGUCCUCUAUGGCGUCGUCGUUGCCCGAGAUGUCUGUGAACAAAACAAACAAGGAAAAUAAUACAGAAUUAGCGAAAAUGCUGUUUCAACUUAAACGUAGAAAGAACGAGAUGCAUGCGCUAUGGUGUGACUGCCUCUACAAAUUGUCCCUCGCCAAUCAUUUCAGAGACAAGACAUUCUGGAUGCCACACAAUUUGGAUUUUAGAGGUAGAGCAUACCCGGUGCCACCUCAUUUAACUCAUCUCAGUUCGGAUUUAGGCCGCGCGAUCCUCAUGUUUGCACAGGGGAAGCCCUUGGGACCUGGAGGUCUGGAUUGGUUAAAAAUUCACGCCAUAAAUAUGACCGGUUUGAAGAAGCGGGAACCGAUGCAUAAACGAUUGGAAUUCGCAAAUGAGAUGUUAGAUCUGAUCAUCGACAGCGCGAGAAAUCCAUUGAUUGGAAAAAUGUGGUGGGCUGAAGCCGACGAACCGUGGCAAACUUUGGCGGCGUUCAAGGAGAUAGAUAAUGCUCUACAAUCCCCGAAUGUGGAGGAGUACAUAUGCCGGCUUCCCAUUCACCAAGAUGGUAGCUGCAACGGAUUGCAGCAUUAUGCCGCGCUCGGAAGAGAUGUGAUAGGAGCGAAAAGCGUGAACUUGUAUCCUUCGGACACUCCACAGGAUGUAUACAGCGUUGUUGCUAAUAUGGUCGACGAAUACAGGAAGACGGACGCGAAGGCUGGCAAUGAAGUAGCUAAGGCCUUAGAGGGAAACGUCAGUAGGAAGGUCAUGAAACAAACUGUAAUGACCACCGUGUAUGGUGUGACAAAAUUCGGUGCUAGACUACAGAUCGCCAGACAGCUCAGUAAUCUGAAGGAUUUUGAUGAAAAAUAUAUUUGGGGCGGCAGCGUGUACCUGACUGAUAAAACAUUCGCAGCCCUUCAGAACAUGUUUGGGAGCGCGAAGGAGAUACAGAAUUGGUUCAUCGAUUGUGCUCGCGCGAUCACGACCAGAUGCAACCAGCAUAUACAGUGGGUGACGCCGUUGGGUCUUCCGGUUUUACAACCCUAUUCCAAACGGAAUAAGAUUAUUUUUCAGAAAAGUAAGGUUCCCAGGAAGCUGGAUACUAUGAAACAAAAGAAUGCCUUCGCGCCGAAUUUUAUUCAUUCGUUAGACUCAUCUCAUAUGAUGUUGACGAGUUUGUAUUCCGAACAAGCGGGCAUUACGUUUAUGUCAGUGCACGAUUGUUUCUGGACUCAUCCGUGCACAGUGGAUAUCAUGAACAAGAUUUGCCGGGAACAAUUCAUCGCGCUGCAUAGCGAGCCUAUUCUCGAGAAUUUGUCCGAGUUCUUCUGCAAGAAGUAUGAUGUAAAACACAUAGACAACGUACGGUCCGUAAAGCGGACGACCAAUGUCUCGCUAGAAGUCUUCAAGAAGGUGCCGAAGAAGGGUAGUUUCGAUAUCAACCUAAUCCUAUCGUCUCGAUACUUUUUUAGUUAAAACAGCUUUAUUUAUUGCUAAAAAAAUGUACUAUUUACGAAUGUGUACGAAUGUAAACUAAUGUAAAAUUUUAACACACCAAUUGAUUUCGGUGUGCGUUGCAUGGAUUAUUAAGUAUACAUUAAGAUAUGUAAAAAUAGUUCGUUAAAAUAAUAGAUUUUUGAAAUCUCUA